AUGACACGGGAAAAGGUGGCAACGAGGACUGACGGGGAUGAGAGCAUCAGUUCGCCCGUUGUAAACGACUGCUCCGUUGAGCAUCCAGGUAUCGCAACAACCGCCCCGCCGCAAGGGGCCGAGUCUUCGUCCACUCAUCGUCCUAAUGAAGAUUCGCACGAUGUUGCGGGUGAACUUCGAGAGGAACUAGAGAUGGCAGGGUGCCAAAAGGUGUAUCGGACGCCAUCAGGGCCGAAUCCCGGGGCUCAGCAGGCCUUGACGAACGUUGUCAUGACCGUCGAAUAUGAUGGCAGCGAAUACAACGGUUUUGUCGGUCCCAACCACUUUUACAAUGAUGAGAGGCUCGCAAUGACUGCGGAGAAUCUUAACACCGAAAGCCAACGGCAUACGUCGGCGAACAAAAGCGUUAGCAAUGAGGUGUUGCGGGCUAUAGCAGUCAUACACGGUUACAUACCGAAUCGCAGGAAGCGGAAGAAGCAAACAACUGCAGUGAACGUAGAUGAGGAAGCUGUGUACGAUGUAGAUGACGAUGUAUGCACCUAUACCCUGCCAGCAGAACGCAGAUUUACACUUGUUGCGUCCAGCCGAACAGACAAAGGCGUACACGCCACAGAAACGGCCUGCCAGUACAUCUCAUUUGACCGCGAACCGCCCUUUAACGGCGACCUUGACGCCUUUAUGGACAGGGUUAACCGCAUUUUACCGGAAGACAUUCGAGUCACGGCAAUGAUCGCAGCACCUAAGCCAGAGUUUAAUGUAAGGUUCGACAACAUAGGAAAAUGCUACACCUACAAAGUGGACCUGUCGGAGUGCCCCAGCCUUUUCGAGAGGAAGCAUCACUGGCAGAUCGUCGCGGAUUCACAAUUCAGAAACACUUUGCUGAAAAGUCGGUUUAUAUUCCAUAGUACGGGGAAACAUAUACGUGAAGAAUACAACGAAGUCAGAGAACAAUUCUCUUUCGACCGAGUGCGCGAGGCAGCUGACGUCAUACAGGGCACGCACAACUUCGAGGGGUUCCGCAAAAAGAGUCGAGGCAAUGAAAAAAUGAUAACGAAGAACCCCAUCUGUACCAUACACAGGAUUGACAUUCAGCGAAACGACACUGAAGUUGGACAAAAUAAAUUUCAGUUUGUGAUUCACGGGGAUAGGUUCUUGUACAAAAUGGUUGGAUACGGGGUUCUUAAAGUGGACGACAUCAGGCUCAUGUUGGAACGAGGAGAGGCUAUACCCGACAUACCAUACGCUCCGAGCAACGGACUAUAUCUGACUAAAGUAAAAUUCCAACCCGGCGUUGAAGCGGCCAUAGCGGAGUCGAAGGAGAGGCGCUGCCAGCGUCUCAGAAGCUUACUCAAACCACUUGUAGAGCACCGGGGCAACACUCUGUGCUGA